UAGAAGUGCGAAUAUUAUAUAUCUCUGGCGAUGAGGUUGGUCCUGGUGGUGAAGCUACUAGUAGCUAUGGCGGUGCCCUUUGGAGCCUUCUGAGUCAACUCUGUUCAAGAACCGAAGCCAACGCGUUCUCCGGUGAUCCCUAACUGUUCGCCGCGCGGCAGCGGCGUCGAUACUAGUUUUUUUUCGCAGUUGAAGUCCAGGGAGUUCGGUAACGGAGUUGCGAUCAUGAACGGAUUCAACAGUGUUGAGGCGGAGUACAUACGGAUGCACCACAGGCACCAUCCGGCGGAGAAUCAAUGCAGCUCGGCUCUCGUGAAGCACAUCAAAGCCCCUGUUCAUCUCGUAUGGUCCUUGGUGAGGAGAUUUGAUCAACCACAAAAGUACAAGCCAUUUGUCAGCAGGUGUGUUGUGCGGGGAAACCUUCAAAUUGGAAGUCUUAGAGAAGUUGAUGUUAAGUCAGGGCUUCCUGCCACUACUAGCACAGAGAGACUGGAACAUCUUGAUGAUGAGGAGCAUGUCCUUAGUGUCAGGAUUGUUGGGGGUGAUCACAGACUCAGGAACUACUCUUCCACCAUUUCUGUCCAUCCAGAAGUCAUUGAUGGAAGACCAGGGACUCUGGUAAUAGAGUCCUUUGUAGUCGAUGUGCCUGAUGGGAACACCAAGGAUGAGACCUGUUACUUUGUAGAAGCCUUAAUCAAAUGCAAUCUCAAAUCACUUGCUGACGUGUCAGUGCGGCUGGCUGUACAAGGCAGGACUGAACCCAUAGAUCGGAUGUAGAUGGGGCGGGGACAUGUGGAGGAGGCUAUUGUUACCAUGGAUGAAGUUUCUCCUUGGCUUUUGAUUCCUAGAGGCUAAGGUGGCAGACAGGUAGUGGCUUCUAUUUGUAUUUGAGAUACUUUUGGAUUCCUUCCUCUUUUCUUCCCCAUGUUUAAAGUUAUGCUUCCAGUAAGUAGCUUAAGGACCACAGCUUCAUAGAAAGUUUCUCGACCCUGCUACUACGGAUGAAAGGCGAAACCAAAGAUUAGACUAUCUUUCCAUCUUAUCUUUUUACUGGAUUUUGGUCAUCCAUGGAGGUAUGCCACACUUUAUUAGUGUACAUAUGUGUUGUAGAAAGAGUUGGUGUUCGUUGACUUUUUUUUCUUCCAUGUAGCUUCUGUCAAGAGUUCGAUUACCUGUAGGCUAGUUUGCAUGUCAUUAUAGAGCCAAGAAGCUUGUUUUUCGUAUACAAUGGUUGUGUGAUAAUUCUCUCUCCCAUAUUAUCUACAAGUCAUAUUUGUGUUAAAGAAUAGCUUUAAUUAUUGUGAGUUGAAAGAUUCAUCAAGGUUUUUACCAAUUUGGUUGCCAUUUGCUA